UGGGAAGGAGUCUUGACCAAGAUACACAUGCCAUCCGUCUCUCAAUAUCACACCAUUCUCCUUCUCCACCCUCCACUCUCAUAACACACUACUCUCCCAACUUCCCAAGUCCCAUCCAUUUUCUAAUACACACCUCUCCUCUUUCUCUCUCUCUCUCCAACACAUUCCCUCCUUCCCCAUGGAUCGUACGAGUUAUUCCUGCGUUUGCGGCCAGAAUCCAAGCAUGUGCUAUGCUUUUAUAGGCGCGUGUGCGAGCCGCCUCCGCAUGGAAGAGCUGUUCCAUAAACCAGAAGAUCAAUGGAACCUGAUUGAACUCGACGUCCACGAUCUGGUCAAAUCGGUCAAAGAUUUCGACGACGUAUUCUGGGCCCUCCAGUACAUGGGCACAGUGGGAGUCAGGUCCCGACCUUUAUCCCCAACCGGAGAUGAAAUACCCGGGUCCGAGUGGACCGGCCGGUUCAAAAUCAAAGGCAUCAGAAGAAUCCCAAGAACCAAAAUGGAGGAAGUGAAGAGCUACAUCCGCGAGAAAGGCACGGUCUUAGCGACGAUUCGUAUCAAUCUAGAUUUUUAUUCGGACUCCGUUGCGAUGCCGUAUGAACGUGAUAGAAGCAGUCCAAGUAACGGUUUCCAUAACGUGUGUUUGGUUGGGUACGAUGAUGGGAAAGGAAUUUGGCAGUUUCAGAAUAGUUUUGGUACGAAAUGGGGAAAGAAUGGUUUUGGAAAGAUUAGGUAUAAUCGAGUUGUGCAGUAUGUAGUGCCAAUAUUUAUGAAUGAAGAAAUUCUAGAUACUUAUGAGAAUGUUCAGCUGCCAAAUGAUCCUGCUCCUCCUCCUCCUCCUGUAGCUUCAACUUCUUCAUCAAGUUCUUGUGAGCAUCAAACCCGAACAAGAUUUGGGCGUCGACAUUAGUUCUAUUCCUCCACAAGUUCGUUCUAUGCUAGUUUUUAUCUAAUCUCAUUAGUCUUUACUCUUUAUCUUCUAAGGGGCGGUUUAAUACAACUCUUGUUAAAAUUUUAGUCCUGCUAAACGUUAGUUUGAGGACAACUCUUAAAUUACAAUUUGGAUUUAUGUAACCCUAUUAAACUAGACAUUCUAUAUAUUUCAGAUAUUAUAGACUC